GACAGGUUGACAGACCCUUUGGGCGUGUCCGGCUGAGUAGAUAUAAUAUUUCCACAAAAUAAUGGUCUUCACAGACGCCUCUGCCUGACUGAAACUUAGCACACCAGCACGGCACCAAAGUUAACCACACAAACCAACAAUGGAGUUACUCUCAGCUGCAAACACCAGCUUCUCCCUGGACCUGUUUAAGAAGAUAAGCGAUGAUAACAAAUCAAGCAACGUCUUCUACUCCCCCCUCAGCAUCUCCUCCGCCCUGGCCAUGGUGUACCUGGGGGCCAGGGGGAACACAGCUACGCAGAUGUCCCAGGUGCUUGGCUUUACGAAAGCUAAGAAGCCCGAGGCUAGCCCUGGACUGCUACAACAGGUGCAAAAGCCCCAGCUUCCACAGGGGCUGAUGCAGACUCUGCACUUCCACAAAGCUGGGGAUGACAUCCAUGCUGGAUUCAGCAAGCUCAUCGCUGAUCUCAACAAAGAGGGCGCCCCGUAUGCGCUGAGCAUGGCCAACCGCCUCUAUGGAGAGCAGUCUUACACGUUCGUCGAGAAAUUCAUUGAGGACACUAAGAAGCACUACAGGGCUGAGCUGGAGGCCGUGGACUUCAUCGCAAAUGCAGAGGCUGCCAGGGUGAACAUUAACACCUGGGUGGAGAAGCAGACACAAGACAAAAUCAAGAACUUGCUGCCUGAAGGAAUUCUUGACAGCCUGACAAGGCUUGUGCUAGUGAACGCCAUCUAUUUCAAGGGGAACUGGGAGAAGAAAUUUAACGAGACAUCCACAAAAGAAAUGCCAUUUCGGCUGAACAAGAACGAGAGUAAGCCAGUGCAAAUGAUGCACCAGAAAAGCAAGUUUCCUUUGACCUUCAUUCCGGAGGCCAACUGUCAGAUUCUGGAGCUGCCAUACGUGGGUAAAGAUCUAAGCAUGCUCAUCAUCCUGCCCAAUGAGAUUGAGGAUGACUCCACAGGGCUGCAGAAGUUGGAGAGGGAGCUCACGUACGAGAACCUUGUGGAGUGGACCAGGCCCGACAUGAUGGACAGCGUGGAGGUGACGGUGGGUCUGCCCAGGUUCAGGCUGGAGGAGACCUACAACCUGAAGAAAAUCCUCACCAGCCUGGGCAUGGAGGACGCCUUCGACGUUGGCAAGAGCGACUUCUCCGGCAUGUCCCCCAGCAACGAACUGGUGCUCUCCCAGGUGGUGCACAAGUCCUUUGUGGAGGUGAACGAGGAGGGCACGGAGGCCGCUGCCGCCACGGCCGCCAUCAUGAUGAUGCGCUGCGCCAUGAUCCCGGCGAGGUUCAUCGCCGACCACCCCUUCCUCUUCUUCAUCAGACACAACCCCUCCCUGAACAUCCUCUUCUACGGCCGAUUCUGCUCCCCAUGAGGGGUGGCAGAAUGUAUUGUUCUAAGCUGGGGCCUUAGAGUUGAUGUUUGCAUACUGAAAGCUUUACAAUGCCCUUGAGAGCAUGUAAUCAAAUAAAUCGUGUUACAUUUGUAUCUGCUUUACACUGGGAAAUGAGAAUAACCUUUGACUGUUUCAUUCAUUCAGUUCCAGGGCACACUGUUUAGUGCUUGUUCAUAUAUACAGUACGCUAAAAAUGUCACUGGUUUUACCUUAAAGCUGUGCUGUAUCUCGAAUGUGACUUAACACCAAAGAUUAUAUCAUGUCUGCUAAUUCUUUUCAUGACUGUGUGCAACUAAAAACAGUAUGGAAUAACCAAUA